UAAGACGCGGCGCAGAAGCCGCUUCUCUCUCAGUCUGUAACCGUCGCUCGCCGGGAGCGGAGAUCUUCGGCGUUUUAAAAACCAAUAAAUCGAAACGAAAACAAAACACCAGAACAGGAACACAAUGCCUCAUCAAUACCCUUCCCUCACCUCGGAGCAGAAGAAGGAGCUCUCUGACAUCGCUCACAAGAUCGUGGCCCCGGGCAAGGGAAUCCUAGCUGCUGAUGAGUCCACAGGCAGCAUGGAGAAGCGCAUGGCUCAGAUCAACACUGAGAACACCGCGGAGAAUCGUCGCCUGUACCGGCAGAUCCUGUUCUGCGCGGACGACCGCGUCAAGCCCUGCAUCGGGGGGGUGAUAUUCUUCGACGAGACCCUCUACCAGAAAACGGACGCGGGCGAGGUCUUCUCCAAGUACAUCCGGGGCAGGGGCAUGGCUGUGGGGAUCAAGGUUGACAAAGGUGUCGUUCCUCUGGCGGGCACUGAUGGAGAGAUACCUCUCUGGUGUCUGGAUGGCCUGUCUGAGCGCUGUGCUCAGUACAAGAAGGACGGCGCUGACUUUGCUAAGUGGCGCUGCGUGCUGAAGAUCACAGCGAACACACCCUCCAACCUCGCCAUCAUCGAGAACGCCAACGUACUGGCACGCUACGCCUCAAUCUGCCAGAUGAAUGGGAUUGUCCCGAUUGUGGAGCCGGAGAUUCUUCCUGAUGGAGAUCAUGAUCUGAAGCGCAGUCAGUACGUCACGGAGAAGGUUCUUGCUGCAGUGUACAAGGCUCUCUCUGAUCAUCACGUCUAUCUCGAGGGGACUCUCCUCAAACCCAACAUGGUCACCGCCGGUCAGGCCUGCACCCACAAGUACAGCCCCCAGGAGAUUGCCAUGGCAACCGUCACCGCCCUGCGCCGCACCGUGCCCCCCGCAGUGCCAGGCGUCACUUUCCUGUCCGGUGGGCAGAGUGAGGAGGACGCCUCCAUCAAUCUGAACGCCAUCAACCAGUGCCCUCUGCCCAAGCCCUGGGCCCUCACCUUCUCCUACGGGAGAGCCCUGCAGGCGUCCGCUCUCAAGACGUGGGCCGGGAAGAAAGAGAACGCCAAGGCAGCGCAGGAGGAAUACAUCAAGAGAGCGCUGAAUAACAGCCAGGCUGCUCUUGGUAAAUACGUCUCAUCUGGUGAUAAGGGAUCUGCAGCUAGCGAAUCUCUGUUCAUCGCUGGCCAUGCCUACUAAACAAGCCCCGCCUCUCGACGACAUCACAGCGCACUCAAACCCUGCCCGCAAACUCGCAGGAUUUAAAGCAGGGCUGAUUUAACCAGCCACACCCUGUCUGUGUGUGUUUAGAGCACCCUGUCUCUUUCCAGAAGGGUUCAUUGUAAAACCAGUGCGGCUGUGUUUGUGAUCGUGUUACACUGACAAUGCUAAGUAAAGGAUAUCUGUGCAAA